AUCAAAUAUUACUGUUUAGGUUAGAAGUUAGAACAAACAUUAAUUUUUAGGAAUUUAACUACAAAAUGCCGUUUAAAGGGCCGUUGAUUUGCUUAAAGUGCGAAACCAGCGAAUCCCCUUUGUGGACAAACGCGGAAAAUCUUGGAGCCAUAUGCUUAGAUUGCGUCAACGAAGCUAAAGACACGUUAAAAACCGAAUUAGAAAACGAUGAUGAGGAAACUAAGGUAAACGGCAAACGAAAACAAAGAAGCACCAGAUCUUACAGGACAAGGCUGAAUCCUUUUGCCGUGCCGAAAUCCUCCAUCCCCAAAACCAGAGGAAGAAGGUGCUUAUUGAAGAAAACACCCGUGAAGGCUCCUACGGCUGUCGCUACCACAGUUACCAGUGAUUACGUCUUUUAUAAGGGAACCUACAUCCAAUUGGGCGAUAUAGUUUCUAUGAGGGAUGCAGAAGGAGAUACGUAUUAUGCCCAAAUUAGGGCUCUUUUGACCGAUCAGUAUUGCAAUAAAAGCGCUGUAAUUACUUGGUUACUUCCUACUAGGGAUUCUCCUUCCCCUAAUGAAAGAUUCGAUGCAGCUACGUACGUCAUAGGUCCCGAGGAGGAUAUUCCUAGGAGUCUGGAUGCGAUGGAGUUCAUAAUGCACGCCCCGUCGGAUUAUUACAAGUCACAGUCUACACCGUAUCCCUCGCCUGUGGCUACUGCCGAGCCGGGAUACAUAUGGACUUCCAUUGAUAAUUUAAAUUCGUUGGAAAUUAAAGCCAGCUGAUGCCAUUAUACAUAAUUUUUAGCAUGUAGUGUUAAUGCUUUUUAUAAUUUAUUAUUAGUAUUUCACAUUGUAUUAAUUGUCGUCCAAGAGGAUUUUGUCAAGCUUGUAAUUUCCAUUCGAGAAUGAUUUUUUUACUAUAAUGUUAUUGAUUUUAUAGCAAAAGCGUUGGUUAUAUUAUGUAUAAGCGAUUUGUACUGU